GAGAUUUACAUUAUCUGUUCAUCAAAAUGGCUUUUGCUCUCGGAGUUCUGUUCCUUGUGGCCUUUGCCAUGGUGACAACGGAGGUCAAGGCCGCGUCCUGUGACGGCAAAGCUCCCACAGCGUGCACGAGAGAGUACAAUCCAGUGUGUGCGACCUUCACUAAGACCUUCUCAAACAGCUGUGAAAUGGAAACCAAACUCUGCGAACUGGCCAAAGACGGCUUUGAGGCUACCGGGGAGGUGUCCAACCAUGAUUGCUGUCAAAGAGGAAUAACGAUGGAUUACAGGCCUCAGUGUGGCUCGGAUGGGAAAGUAUACCCCAAUGUGGGUUCUAUGAAGGUUGCAGGCUGCACCAACAAAGAUUACAUCACUUCUCAAGACUCGGCCAACUGCGCAGAUUUCCCCCAUACAGACGGUGUAGUGUCAUAAACCCAGAACAAAGAUGGCUAACAUCUUAAGGGAAAUAUAAUGUCGAAUAAACAUAGUUAAUCAUUUUACUUCGAAAAUUAUUCACGUGUAAUAGCAAUUAGCAAUAAAGAUUUUUUUUUUCGUGAAAUAAAGAUCGUCACUAUAGCAUAAUAAUGA